UCCUCCCUGUCGGAACGAACUCACCUCAUCCUAUCUACCGUCGAUCGCGCUAUUAACCCCCGUCGUCGUUUCCCGUACGACCCGAGCUCCGAUCGCUUUGCGAAUUGGUCCCUUCGAGCCUGCGACUUGACUCUUCCGCAAGAUAACUCCCAGUGACGCUAUCACUACGAAACUUCCAUCUCAAAUAUACAUAGCCUCGAAAUAAUAUCACAAUGAGUGGUGGCUACGGCCAGUACAACCCUUAUGGCGAGCAGGGCUACAACCAGAACCCCUAUGACCAGGCCAAUGCCGUCGAGCAGGGCCAGGGUAACGGCACCUACGAGAUGAAUGCGAUCGCGGAACAGCCGGCCGACGCCACCACGCUGUUGAACAAGUGCAGGGAGAUCAACGAUGGUAUCGCGGACCUGAAGGCCAAGCGCGAGGGUCAGCUGGCCGCCGCCCAGAAUGCCAUGCUCGACUCCAGCACUGGAAAGGAGGACCAGGUCGCCCGCCAGACUCUGGAUUACAUUGAGGACGAGAUCAACAACGGCUUCCGCUACCUCCGUGAUCUGUUGAAGAAGAUCAAGCAGACCCCGGGCUCCGGAGACAACCGCGUCCAGACGCAGGUCGACGUCACCAGCCGCAACCUCCGUCGCGAGAUCGAACAGUACCAGCGAUGCCAGUCCGACUUCCAGAAGCGCUUGAGAGAGCAGGUUCGCAGACGUUACGAGAUCGCGAACCCCGAGGCGACUCCCGAAGAGAUCGAGCAGGGUGUCGACAGUGUGCUGCUGGGCCAGGAGCAGAGCUUCCAGGUUACUGGUAGCCGUACUAGACAGGCCAACGACGCCAGACAGGCGGCCUUGGAGCGUUCGGCCGCUAUUCGCAAGAUUGAGCAGGAUAUGAUCGAGCUGGGCCGACUGUACCAGGAGGUCGCAGAGCUGGUUCACAUGCAGGAGCCUGCUGUGGAGCAGAUCAGCCAAGACGCCGAGAACGUUGCUGGAAACGUCGCCAAUGCCAACACUCAGAUCACGGAAGCCAUUGCCAGCGCUCGCCGGGCAAGAAAGUGGAAGUGGUACGCCCUGUUGGUCGUCAUCCUCAUCAUCGCCAUCGUCGUUGGUGUAGCCGUUGGUGUCACCGAAGCUAACAAGAAAUGAGGGCGGCUUCGUUCCAAGUUAACAUCCGAUGGCCGUGUUCGAACCAGCCGACUUGGGUCGGAUCGAUGCGGUUAUUCACGUCGAUCCUUAAAUCCCUAUGACCGAUCCCGUUGUCACACUUUUUACGCCAGGCUGUAACGAAUCCAUUGAUCGCGCCCCUUGUCCUAGUCCAGGUUUGUGCUUUUGCGGACAACUGGACAAUCACGGGGCCGAUUGCUAUUUCCAGUUUUG